CGUGGUGUUACUAUGGUAACGGCCAUAAACACGAUGCAGCGUGAGGUAACCAAGACGGAAGAAUAAUGUCAGACUCUGAUGAAGAUGAGCUUUUGAAAGCAGAGAAAGAGGAUGAAGAAGGACCGGGAGAGAGAGAUGAUCUUGAAAGAAAAGAGAAGGAGAUUUCAGAACAAGAGGUUCAGCUAAAGCCCUGUCCACUAACCCAGGACAUGAUGGCGAAAAGUUUGUCCUUAUUGUGUCGCGCAGGGAAUGGUCUGUCUCAUGCCUAUGUCCGACUUGACCUUAAAAGCAAGGGUCUGACAGACCUGGCCUUGCUCAGCUCCUUCAUCCAUCUGCGCUACUUGGACAUCUCCUCCAAUCAUUUAUCAGACUUCUCUACAUUGGCUGAUCUCACCCAGCUGCUGUGGGUGAAGGGAGACAGCAACCUGCUUCAGAGGUUUGAGAGUCAGCCGUUUGGCCAGCUCACUUACCUACAGUGGCUCAGCUUUGCCAACAACCGCCUAUUUGAUGUUAAAGGUCUUGGAGGUCCAGCACUGGAAACCCUCAAUCUCACUGGUAAUGGUAUCCAGACCAUGCAGGGCUUGGAAUAUCACAAUCUGACCAAUUUGGUGACUCUCGAGCUAAGAGGAAAUUGUUUGGAAACUACAGAUGGCAUUUACCUCCCCAAUUUACGCCACUUGUAUCUGGCUCAGAACAACAUAAAGCGAUUGGAGGGUUUGGAGAAGCUGGAGCGUCUCAAGAAACGUAAUGCAAUACAAUGA